UAGCCAGUAGAUCCCAAGGAUAGGGAACAGACGAAGUCGUAGUUUAGAGGAGCCAACUUAUCAGUGAACUAAAUGGAUAUUAUAUAGUAAUUACUCACGGAGAUUUAAGCCCCAAAUCAAGUUUUCGAUCCUAACUGUGUACGAGGGAGUUGUAAGCAGCGCCUCGUGAAGCCUAGAGGGAUAAGUUACAUGCCGCUGUGCUGUUCGGCGGACUUGUAAACCGCUCAACACGAGAAUAUUGUGUUUGUGUGCGAGUGUAAAUCGCAAGACUAAGAGUUUCUCAAACAAACACCAUGUUGGUGCCUAGUGACGGGGUGGCAGGCGCUUCGGGGAAACUUGUGGCCGCCCUCGAACAAUACUACAAUGAACAGGUCGCUAAAAGACGUAUUAUCGUCGCCAAAAGGGUGGAAGAGGUGGUCCAGGUGGCCCACGAUUUAAUGAAACACGUCGAGGCUCAGGAACCGCGCUGUCUGUCGACGCUCACCCAGGCUGGCGGCCGUUGGGAAGGGCUACACAUCAUGUCCCCAAAUGAAUACCAGGUCACCAUCUACCUCAAUCAAAUGGGCGAAUUCAACCUGGUCGACGACGGGACGGUGCCAGGCAGUGCCGUCCUCAAACUCAGUGACGGUCGAAAGCGUUCGAUGUCGUUAUGGGUCGAAUUCAUCACAGCUUCGGGUUACCUGUCUUCCCGCAAGAUGCGCGCCCGUUUCCAGACCCUGGUGGCCCAGGCGGUAGAGAAGUCGCAAUAUCGUGAUCAGCUGCGAAUGGUCGGGGGAACUUCCGAAGUUCGGGUCAGGAUAAGGGACACGUAUACCCUCGAUCUGGUCUUGGCUUUCAAAUGCUAUGGAAUCUGGCCGAGGUCGGCUGCCCACUGGCCCGAAUUAUCCCUGCCGUGGCCUGGGGUAGAACUCGCGGCUGAGGUCAAGAUGUCUGGUUUCACUCUCGUUUCCCGAGACUGCUCUCAUCUCGCGAGAGAAAAGGAGAAGGAGAAGCAGGAGGCAGCCAUCACGGCCGAAGGAGACACCUGGGUCAUGGUCUUUAGCGAGGCCGAGGACAGACUCCUGACCCAGGGAUGCAGAAAGAAGUGCCUCUCCAUCCUGAAAACGCUGAGAGAUCGACAUUUAGAACUGGCAGGGAACCCAGUCAGCUCCUACGUUUUAAAAACAUUGGUCUUGUAUGAGUGUGAAAAACAUCCACACGAAUGGGAGUGGGACACUAUUAGCCUCGGGGAUCGCAUUAAUGGCAUCCUUCUCCAACUCAUUUCCUGCCUUCUGUGUCGUCGGUGCCCUCACUAUUUCCUCCCUCAGGUGGACCUCUUCCGUGGCACUCCCCGUCAGGCUCUAACUCAGGGGGCAUCCCAAACCUGGCGUUUAACCAGAGAUCUCCUAACAAGAACAGAGUAUCUACAACAGUGUUAAUA